ACAGGUCAAUCUGAGGAGGGCUGUUUUAGACAUGGUCAAAAGGUGCUGUUUUAAAUGAUCCUUGUGGUAUUUUGACCAAAAUAUGUUAGACAUUUCAUUAAGACCCAAAGGAACCAUAUCAACUCUUGUAAAAUGGGCAUAAUAUGUCCCCUUUAACAUGAAGGUAUUUUCUUUAAUCAGCUAAAUAAAUGUAUGAAUGAAAGGUCAAAGAUCGAAAUCUGAGUUAAAUAACAUAAUCUGACCUUUUCUGUCUCAAUUGAUGUCUGUUGGUGAAACUACACUUGUCCAUAUCACUGCACACAUCUUUUGUAUAGAUAUUAGUGUGUGUUUUGUGUUUUUAACUGGGAUAUAAAUGUAAUUAUUUCUUUGCUGAUUAUCAUAGUUAUUAUUUCUCUGCAUGGAUAUUUCUGUAUUUUCUAGUUUUGUGAUAUUUUAACAAUAUUUCAGUUGAGGCUUUAACAACUCCAAAAGUUGAGAGACAUGACCCGGGUUGCAUUCCAAUAGUUAACUUUACUUAGAGUUUUCUGCCUUUCCUGCACUAUGUAUUAUUGUUUGUCAUUAUUCUGUGUAUUUUUUUAUGGUUUCUUAAUUUCCUGUUGUAUGUUAAAGGAAAGAUUCAACAAUUUAAAAUCAGUAUCUAACACUGUCUCAUCCACCACGAGCCUGUUCCUAGUUUGUGCUUGUCUGCAGUGACACAGAUUGAUCAACAGGUGGAGAUAUUUUGAGAGCUUUGUUCUUUAGUUAUUAUGAUCUGAGUGACAAGGUACAUAAUAAGAGGCGGAUCUGUUGAAAGUUUCAUUCGCGGAAGACGUUUGACACGUACACACCUCUGUGAUUCAGCACAAAGAACCAGGAGAGACUAUAAGAUCCUAAUUCAGCUGGAAACCACUUGGUGAAAAUGGAACCUAAGUUGGAACCAAUGGACAAAAGUUUUGAGAAUAAAUCAGAUGCUCUGAAAGAGGAAGAGAGUUCAUCUGGUAAACCACCUCUUGUUAAAAAGGAAGAGAAACUACAUCCAACCCAUUCUUUCAGUUGGAAAUCAGUGGAACAGAAAACCACAUUUGUGUCCUGCAACCGAGCCGGAACUGUGGAGGACUCACUGAAAAGGAACCCAUUUUUUGAGGGAAUAGCUAAAAAGAACAAAGGCAAAGAGCUUAUACUUCUCAGGAAUGGGAAAGCUAUUUGUUCACACUUUCCAUGCAGCUUAAUUAAAGAUGAGUGUUUAGAGGUCAAGUUUAUCAAAGCUGUAAACACGCAAGGAAAAACUGCUGUUGGCUCUGCUCAUGUCAGACGAAAGGGCUCAUCUGAUGAAGUUGUGUUGUUUCAUGUACGGGUGACGGGGGGGAAGGGUGUAAAACGCAUCUUGAAGAACCCAGACCUAAAAAACGAUAUCGGUGUUGACGAAAUGACCGUUUUCGCGUAUAAAGGGGAAACGGUAAAGCAAGCUCUGAGACGAGAUGCACGAUUUCUGGAUAUUGUAUUCAAAAAGAAAUGCGUGCUCUCUACUGACGACUUGGUCGUGAACAAGUCCAAUCUGGUGGAUGACCUAGGUGGCAAAACGUACACAAUCACUGAGGUCAAAAAUCUACCAGACAGUCAGCCUAGCAGUCUUGAAGAGGAUUUUGUACAGUCAGCUGAGUCUCAGAGACCUGAAGCUGAAGAAACCCAGGAUCCUUCAGAGCAGUCAGUAAAUGCCAAUACCGACACAAGUGGUCACACGGCAGCAGAACCAACCCCAUUGCCUAUAUCAGCAGAAAUGAGGAGUCACCUCUCUUCACAGAUUGAAAAUUUUAUGAAAUGGAAGAAAACGGCUCCCUUUCGGGAUGGGGAUAAGACCUUUCCUAUGACGAAAAUCAUGAGUGUCGAGUUUGGAAAGAAUGCUCAGGCGUGCACAGAAGUGAAAACAAUGAAGAAACUGAUGGGUUUCAGUAAUUCGGUUUGUCAGGUUAGAAUAAACGGGAGGGCAGCAGGAAGUGGCUUUAUCCUAUUUGACAGGUUUGUCCUCACAAAUGCCCAUGUGGUCAAAGACGCUUAUAAUGAGAGUUUAAAGAAGCUUAGUAAUAAGGUCACUGUCCAUUUCUCUUAUGAGAGUCUGAAUCAGAUGGAGAGAGAACAGGAUUCAGUUGCAGAAGUAGAAGUAGAGAAGGUCGCUGGCUUUGAAUACACUAAGGACGUGUAUGACUGGGCUUUGUUAAAGCUCAGGGCUGGUGUGAACUUGCCUAACAGUCUGUUAAAUAAAUGUGGAUACGUUAACCAAAGCCAUGGUGUUUGCAUCAUCGGUCACCCUGAUGGUGGAGUGAAAAGAAUAGAUCCAUGCUUGAGUAUUGCACCAGAAAAACAAAACCAGGUUGUGGAGAAGAGCUGGGUCAAAAAUCAAGACAACACCAAAUUGAUUACUGAUCGUUUCUUUGAAGGUGUGGCAUCAUCUGUUAUGCGUUGCAAACAUUUUCGUACAUACAAAACUUCUUUUUAUGAAGGGUCGUCUGGCUCUCCUGUCUUUGAUAAGGACUGCAACGUUUUGGCGAUGCAUUCAGGAGGGUAUCCUUACAAAGACGAAAAAACAGGUACAAUAAAGAGUGUGAUCGAGUUCGGCUAUCCUUUGUCUGACAUCCUUGAACGCAUCAAAAUCCAGUUGGUGGGAAAAAAAGAGGCUGACGAGACUUUUAAGGAGUUCUUUGAAUUCUGUGACAAAGAGGAACCUGUCCCAAUGGACACUUGUUAAAUGUACACAGACAAGUACAGUGUGACCUACUGACAAAAGACAGUCAGUGACCAGUGAGCGAAUCUGUUUUCAUAGAUCAGGACUCUCAUAAGGAAAGGCAGGGAGUUGUAGAGGGAUCCAACUGAUGCUGGUUUAGAAUUAUAAAGUAACAGUAAUCACUUUUUGGUAAAGGGAGUGGUGAUUUUUAGCUUCAAAUACGUUUUUGUUGAGGUUGUAUUUUGUUCAUGUGAAAAACAAACUUUCUUUUUUUUAAGACAACUAUCAUAGUAUGAGCUACAAUAAUCCAUCGUCAUGUUUUUAAACCUUGUGUCUUUCAGAUUUUCGAUUUAACCAUUUGUUUUUCAAUGUAACGCAAUUUGUGUGCGUUUGCUGUAUUUUGUAGUUCUAUAUCAAAUGAGUAGUUUUGGAAAGUUCCAUUGACCAGAUAAUUGGAAGGAUCGUACCUUGUCCAAACUGGGGGAUUAUUUUACUUAUUAAGCUGUAAGAAAAUCACAAUGAUGGAGGGAUGGGGCUUCAGUUAUAUUCUUUCUUGUGUGAGUUCUGGUCGUCAUUUAAAAUAAAUGUAUUUUCUUUAACAGCUAUAUGAAAGUAUGAAUGAAAGGUCAAAGAUCUCGUCCACAUCACUGCACACAUCCCUUGUAUAGAUAUAAGUGUAAGGGGUUGUUUUUAACUGGGAUAUAAAUGUUAUUAUUUCUUUGCUGACUAACAUAGUUUUUUCUGCAUGGUUAUUUUUUGUAUUUUCAAAUGUUUUGAUGUUCUAACAAUAUUUCGGGUUAAAACUUGCCCAUUGGGGUUUCUGCCUCUCCUGCACUGUGUAGUAUUUGUUUAGAUUUUUCUAUGUAUUCUUUUAAUCUUUGCUGAAUAAAACAUAAAAUACC